CUAUAUAAAACCUAGCUAAUCUGCUUUAAACAUGCAGGCUCUAGGCAGGAAAUAAAAAUGGGUAAGUAUUUUAAGGUUUAUUUUCUGUUGAUUUUAAUGGCAAUUUCUCCGAAGUGCAUCCAAUCAUGGGGAUGGUUUUCCUCUUCAUCAAACAACAACCCGUCGGCCGAUACCGAUAAUUCUUCAGGGAGAAAAUACUUGUAUGGUAAUUCUGUAGCAGAAUUUUCAAUUGAUGGACUUAAAGAUGAGAAGGGAAUGAAACUUAUUGAAAAUGCUAAGAACAAACUUCAAGGUUCAAAUUCUUGUUGGCAAAAUGCAUAUCAGCAGCUUUUUGCUGGCUGCUCUCAGAUUCUUGCUGUUGAAGAAAAAAGAUCAAGAUUGGCUUGGCAUCUUAGUGAUUGCUUUCAAAAGGAUUCUGGAAGGCCAUCUUUUCCUAAUUGUGACACUAAAUCUUCUAUGCUUAAUUGUCUCAAGAAAUUAAAUGAUAAUGAACAUAAAGUUUACCUUGAAUUCGCACUCGAAACCAAUUCCAUCUGCUAUCAGUUACAGGCACAUUCCUUUAAGCAGAAGAUGGAAAGCCUAGUGAAUGAUCUUAAAGAUUCAGCAGAGCUUACUACAGAUCAAUUACAAGUUAUACAUGAAAAAACAGAAUCUUUGUCGAAAAGCUCGGACGAGAUUCAUGAAACCCUAAUUUCAGUUGAUGUUCAUGUUCAUAAUGUAGCUCAAGCAACAAAAGAUGUAAAGCAGAACGUGGAUAUUCUGUCUACGCAUACAGAAUCUGUCUACAAGCAAUCCAAAGAGAUAGCAGAUUCGCAAUCCGAGCUGCGGAACGAACAGGUGAGGAUGAAUGACAAGCUGAAGGAAGGAAUGGAGACAAUUCAAGAUUCUUACAACAAUUUAGGGCAACAAGUGGAUAAUCUAAGGAAUGAAGCAGUUGAAAUAGAGAAACAGAUUGGUGUAGUUGGAGAAACGAUGUCGUUGAAGAUGCAAAGUCUGCAAAUUUCGGCUGAUGAGAUUGAGGUUAAGGCAGAGAAAUCCUUGGAUAAGCAGCAACUUCUUAUAGAUGGACAAUCUACUGCAUUGAAGGGCCUUCAACUUAUUACUGAAUUUCAAUCAGAAGCAUUAGAGGAGAGCAGGAGUACACUUCAAAGUUUUGCAGAAUACGGCCGUAAACAGCAGGAAGAACUUCUCCAGAGGCAACAGCAGAUUCAGCAAGUCCAUGAUCAUUUGAUUGAAAACUCGAAAUCAAUAUUGGCUGCUCAGGAAGCUUUUGAAUCAAAACAAGAAAGCAUCUUCAUUGCACUAGACAAACUGUUUGCUUUGCAUAAUGCAAUGCUCCUCGAAUCGCGAAUACUUAAAUCUUUUUUCAUCUACUUUAUGUCGAUCUUUGUUGUCUACAUGCUCACUAGCACCAAGCAAACAUAUAGCAUAAGAGCCAGGCUUUAUAUUGGUCUCAUUGUUUCAUUCUUGAUAGAAGUUGUAGUAUUUAGAUCAACAGCAGAUAACAUUGAGAAACCAACUUGGGCAAUUAAUUCUGUCAGAUUGUUCUAUGCAGCUUCUGCUUUCAGUCAGUUUGUAUAUGCCAUUUGCACAUACAAGGACUUGGAAGUUCUGAAUCAUCAUGCUAUACUAGAAGUAAAUGAAAAGGUUAAUGCUGUGCUAAGGAUUUAUAAACAGUCAUUAUGGGAUGAUGAUGAGAUAAAUUGGUCUUCAUUUGUUGAAACUGAGUUACCAGAUGAAGUUGAUAGAUUGGAAGAUCCUGAUUUCAUUAUGCCAGAAGAAGUUGCUGAGAACUCAAUUUCAAGUUUAACAUCUUUAACAAGAAGAAGAUAUGAUCUUAGAUCUCGAAAUCGUCAGCUGCAGAAUUAUUGAUUUCUGUCUCUCUCUCUAUAUAUAGUCUAAUUAUUAAUUUGGUAGUAUAUAUAAGUAUUUUUUGAACAUUCUUUGUAACUUGCUUGUAACAAAUAUUUCUGAUAAAUAGUUGAUCAUAAUGUAUCUUUUUCAGUGAA